CUACUGGUUUUCCCUUUGCUGUCUUUUUGUGUCCACAACAGCGACACUUUCCCAAUGCAUUUUCCUCCGAACCAAACGACAAUCAUCCACUCUAAACGCUUUGAAUUUUCCCCAACCCGUGUCCUCUCCUUCCCAUUCCCCUUCUCCAAUCGCUUUGUCAUCCCCAAACAAAAUUCAAAAUCAAUCUUCCAUUUUCCCAAGAAUUUUCUCUGUUAACUGUAGCAUUCAUUCUCUUCUGUACACAAACCAAAAUUAGGGUUAGGGUUAGGGUUUGAGUUUUCUAUUUUCUUGAACAGGUCGUGAUUUUUUCUCACUUUUCUUCCGAUGUUGAAACCUUAAAAGGUGAUUAGGUUUGUUUCCGGCGAAAGAAAAUGCCACCGGAAGAGUUACCUACAGUUGAUGAUGGAGUGCAGUACUCGUUCGCGGUGGAGUACAAUGGUCCGCCUAUCAUUGGCGAUCUUCCCCGAGCCGUUCCGAUCAAUGUGGAGAGAAUUCCGGUGGCUGCGGUGGUGGCGCAAGUGGCUUUCUCCGAUAGAUUGUCGUUGCCGGUUGUUCAGCCGAUCUCGGCGUCAGAUAUCAGUACCAAGUUUUCGAAGAAGUUAACCCUAGGUUCUGAAUCCACUGUCUCUCCGACUUCUGUGAUUGCCUUUGAGCAGGGAGCAACGGAUGGUGAUGACCUUGUGUCGAAAGAGCUGGCUUUGGGGUCUGAAUCAACUGUUUCUCCAACUUCUGUGAUUGCGUUUGAGGAGAGAGCUGCUGCGGAUAAUUGUGAUUGUGCCUUAUCAGGUGAGUUCAGUAGCUCAGGUACUUUAGAGUUUCCUAAUGGUGGUUAUGUGUCUGGAGAAUUGUCUGAUAUGAUUCGUAGCUCAACUGGUCUUGGGUCUUCUUCCUCCAUUAGUCAUGAACUGUCACAUGAGUUAUUGGGCGUGGCGGGAAGCUCAGGAACCUUGGGGUUUUCGGAUAGCUUUGAGAAAUCAAGUGAGCCAUUGAGGGUUUCAAAUCGUUACAAGGAUAGCGUAGAUUUGAAUGAAUUGAACCAACCAGAUUGGGCCUCAAGUGAGUCUGUGUUAAGCACGGAUUAUCCAUCUUCUCGGGUUUCUUCUCUUAAAGUUGGGGAUUGCAAUAAUGAAUCUGCUGCUGAUGCAAGACGGACACCGGUUGUAACUUUUCGUGAUAUUGAGUCAGAGGAUGAAGAUUUUCAUGAGCAAUUUAAUCGUACCAAGUCUGAAAUUAUCAGAGAAAAGAAAGAACCUGGGGUUAAGGUAAGGAAAGGAGCAUGCUAUCGAUGCUUUAAAGGGAAUAGGUUCACUGAAAAGGAGGUCUGCAUUGUUUGUGAUGCAAAGUACUGCAGUAAUUGCGUACUCAGAGCAAUGGGAUCUAUGCCAGAAGGCAGAAAGUGUGUUACUUGUAUUGGGUAUCCUAUUGAUGAGCCGAAGCGAGGGAACCUGGGAAAAUCCUCUCGAAUGCUCAAGAGGCUGCUUAAUGAGUUGGAGAUUCGACAGAUAAUGAAGGCUGAGAAGUUGUGUGAAGUAAACCAAUUGCCACCAGAGUAUGUCUGCGUGAAUGAUAAGGCUCUUUGUCAAGAGGAGCUAGCUAUAUUGCAAAGCUGUCCGAACCCGCCAAAGAAGCUGAAGCCAGGAAGCUAUUGGUAUGAUAAAGUAUCUGGUCUUUGGGGAAAGGAAGGACAAAAGCCUUCCAAAAUUAUUAGUCCCCACCUAAAUGUUGGGGGUCCUAUCAAGGCAGAUGCUAGCAAUGGAAACACACAAGUUUUUAUAAAUGGUCGGGAGAUCACAAAAGUAGAGCUGCGAAUGUUACAGUUGGCAGGAGUCCAAUGUGCUGGCAACCCACACUUUUGGGUGAAUGAUGAUGGUUCAUACCAGGAAGAGGGACAGAAAAAUACGAGAGGGUUCAUCUGGGGCAAGGCUGGAACAAAGCUGGUUUGUGCUGUAUUGUCACUUCCAGUUCCAUCCAAGUCCACAAAUCCUUGUGGAGAACAAGUGAAUCAUUUGGUUAGUCGAACUGUGCCUGACUACCUUGAGCAAAGAACACUUCAAAAACUUCUUUUAAUUGGAUAUAAUGGAUCUGGGACGAGUACCAUAUUUAAACAGGCCAAGAUCCUUUAUAAAGACGUCCCUUUCUCGGAGGAUGAGCGGGAGAAUAUCAAAUUAUUGAUCCAGAGCAAUGUGUAUCGCUACAUUGGUAUACUCCUUGAGGGUCGUGAACGUUUUGAAGAUGAAAGUUUGAAUGAUACGAGGAAAAAUCAGUCUUUUGAUGGAUCUGGGAAUACCGAUGCAAAGGAUACCAAAACUAUCUAUUCCAUUUGCCCAAGGUUAAAAGCGUUCUCCGAUUGGCUUCUCAAAGUUAUGGUGUCAGGUAAUUUGGAAGUGAUAUUCCCGGCUGCUACUCGGGAGUAUGCACCAUUAGUUGAGGAGCUGUGGAAGGAUGCAGCCAUCCAGACUACAUACAGCCGGAGAAGUGAAUUGGAAAUGCUACCUAAUAUUGCUAGUUAUUUCUUAGAGCGGGCUGUUGAAAUAUUGAGAACAGACUAUGUACCCUCGGAUGUUGACAUUCUAUAUGCUGAGGGUGUUACUUCAUCCAAUGGGCUUUCUUGUGUGGACUUCUCAUUUCCCCAGCCAGCACCGUAUGAUCCAAAUGACACUGCUGAUCAGCAUGAUUCUUUACUCAGAUACCAACUAAUUAGAGUACAAGCCAGAGGCUUCAUCGAAAAUUGCAAGUGGCUAGAGAUGUUUGAAGAUGUGCGACUUGUCAUGUUCUGUGUUUCCUUGAGUGACUAUGACCAGUUUGUCACUGAUGGAGAUGGGGCUUCGGUGAACCAGAUGUUACUGAGCAAGAAGUUCUUUGAGAGCAUUGUUACUCAUCCAACAUUUGAUCAGAUGGACUUCCUUCUGAUACUCAACAAAUUUGAUCUUUUCGAGGAAAAGAUUGAACAGAAUCCUCUUACUCUAUGCGAUUGGUUUGAUGAUUUUCGUCCGGUAAUAAGCCGUAAAAGUUCCAACAGCAACAUCAAGAGCAGCAGCAUCAAUAAUAGCCCCUCCCUCGGCCAGCUGGCUUACCAUUACAUUGCAGUUAAAUUCAAGCGGCUUUAUUCAUCUCUCACUGGUCGGAAGUUAUAUGUUUCACUGGUUAAGGGUUUGGAGCCUGACACUGUCGACGAUUCUCUUAAAUAUGCAAGGGAGAUCUUGAAGUGGGAUGAAGACAGACCCAACUUCAGCUGGAGUGAGUACUCUGUUUAUAGCACCGAGGCAAGCUCUUUCUCUCAUUGAAGUAUAAAUCAGAGAAGGCGUAAAUGGAUCCUAUUUCUGUUUACCGAUUGUCAAUCCCUGUGUACAUAUGAAGACGUAUAGAUCACCUAAGAGAAGAGAUGGUUGAAUGAAUGACAUUACUUCCUAUUACCUUUUCCUCCUUUCAACCAUGUACUGUUGCAGGCUCGCAGCUGUCGGAUUGUCAGACACUGACUGGGGAGUCAUCCAAGGCGAUGCCUCUAUACUGCAUUUUACAAAUUUUCAGAGUUGGCUGAAAUGCCCUAAUUUCCAUUCUAGUUAUAUUGUUGAACAAUGCCAUCUUCUGACAUUCUCUUCCCGUGUUGUCACAUGUUUGUGUAGUUGGGCUAUUUUGGAAUAUGAUUUAGCAAUAUUCAAUUGUAAUAUAAGGUGGACAAUACAUCUGAUUUAGUAAAUAUUUGUUGUUACCCA